AGGACUUUCUUGCUGCUAGGCAACCAACUGCACCACCGGGGCGUUUAAGCUUUAAAUAUCCCCUCAGAGGAAGAGGAAGAGGAAGAGGAAGAGGGUUUUACUCAGUGUGUCUGACAGAAACUGAUGAAAACAUUCAGAUCUCUGAGAAACACCAUGAAGGACACGUCCAUCAGAUUUCUGCUCAUUCUGACCUCAGGACUCUGCUGCACAAAAACACAAGCAGCUGGUCUGACUGUGAGUCCCAGAAGAUCUCAGUUCUUUGAAGAAGACUCUGUGUCUCUGAGCUGUGAGGAGGACAACAUCUCUGCUGGAUGGACUGUGAGGAGAAACACAACCAGAGGAACCAGAACUCAGUGUGAUGGAUGGGGGAAACCAGCAGGUUCUACCUGCUACAUGAGAUACCUCGUCCCAUUAGACACUGGAGUGUACUGGUGUGAGUCCAGAGAGGGAGCAGCCAGCAGCAGCAUCCAGCUCACUGUCUCUGGUGGAUCAGUGAUCCUGCAGAGUCCUGUCCUCCCUGUGAUGGAGGGAGAUGACGUCACUCUGAGCUGUCAAACAAAGACUUCCUCCAACCUCUCAGCUGCUUUCAUUAAAGAUGGCUCCCUCAUCAGGACUGAGCCUGCAGGUCACAUGACCCUCCACCAUGUGACCAGCUCUGAUGAAGGCCUCUACAAGUGUAACAUCAGUGGUCAUGGAGAGUCUCCAUCCAGCUGGAUCUCUGUCUCAGAGAAACCCACCAUGACUCCUCCACCUCCAUCCACCUGUCCUCCACCUACCUGCACCCGUCCCACAGACAGCCAGUCUUCUGCCAUCAUGAUCCUGGUUCUCACCUGUAGUGGUGCUGUGGUUCUCCUCCACUUCCUGGUUCUGUUGGUGAGGAGAUGUGUCCACAGGAACCAUGAAGAAGCUGGAUUUGAUCCUCAGAACCUCGGACCCAGCAGAGAAACUUCUACAUCUGUCGUUUACUCAGCAGUGAAGACAGGAGACGUCCAUCAGGGACAAAUCAUCUGCAGAGCCAAGAGGAGCAGAGACACAGCUGCUCCAUCACAUGUUAAAGACUGAUUCAACCUAGUGUCAAUAAAGCUUCAGAUAUUGACUGAAGUUAAAACUUAACCUCCUGUUGUCCUAACUGAUGUCUGACUGGAUCAUGUUGUCCAUCCUGGUGCAUCUCAGCUGCAGCAGUGUUUUACUGCAGCUCCAGGCUGAGUUCAGCUCCUGUAAAUAUCUCCAUCAUCUGCAGCUCUGCUCCACUGAGACGUAGAAACAGACCAAGAUUAACAAGAGGAGAGCUUCUGAGAACAUCUGAGGAACAUCAGACCUGCUCUGGUCCAGAUGUGGUUCCCUGAUGCUCCUCCCUGCUAAGAACAGAUAAAGAUCCUUUUGCUGCUGCAUCAAAUAUCAUCACAGUGUUAUGGACCCGGUUUCCUGCUGCAGCCCUAAAUGUCAGGAUCUCAUCUAUUAAACAUGUGUCCCAUUAA